AUGUGUUUGUGCAAAGCAGAUGGUUGGCAGCCUGUCAUAUUUGAUGGGAAACAGCCCAUCUCAUCCGGUAUCAUGGCUGCUGCAGAUGCAGCCUGCUUGCUUCUGGAGUCGCAUUUAGCUGUGACCUCCCAACAGAGUGAGAACCUCAAGCUAAAGCCGCUCUUGGCACGCGUGCCCAGCCAGACAGACAGCUGGUCCUGCGGACACAGGGCUGCUUUGACGGUGAAGUAUUUGCUACACCGCAUCUUCGUUGACAAAGCCAGAGACUGCUGCUUGAGCAAGCUCGAAGUCCCCAAACAUAUUGUCAGUGAUGAGGCAGUUGAAAGUUUGUGCUCAGGCAGCAUUCCGAGAUCCCUGAUUGAGGUGAAGAAGCAGGCGCCAGCAACUUCCAGCACGAAGAAGAGGCCGACACCCCAGAGUAGCGCUGAGGAUUCCAGACCGAGAAAGGUAGCAGCAAAGGCAGUUCAACAGGCCCUGGCAGCACCAGCAACUGCUGGUUCAGAUGCGUUUUCUGCUUCAAAGGUGGCAGAAAAGGUUCCUUUGCCAACAAUACAUGAACCUCCUGAAGCUGAAGCGGAAGGGCAAGAGCAAGACGACAGCAUUGUCUUCAGUGCCCAACAACUCAUCGAUGAGCGAAAGCAGAAAGACGCUUUCAAGAAAAAGGAGAAGCGAGUCAAGUGCUACCUGAAGAAGAUGUGGCUUCGUUUCAACGAAGAUUUCCAAAAAGUCCACAAGGGAGGUGACUUUGCAGGGAACUCCAAACACUGGAAAGACUUCUUGACUGGUGUGAUGGGACUGACUGAUAUUGAGUGCCCCCAAUGUGAGAAACUAAUUGCGACCUUUCACAUAGACGGUACAGACGUCGCUCCAACGCCGGACAAGAAGAAGAAAGUGAAGAGUGACAAGGUCCCUGCUUCGCACGCUGCUGAAAGCACUGAGUUGAGCCUCGUGCCUUACGACACUCCUCCCAAAAAGCGGGCAUCCGCAGGCCGUCCACCCACAGGAUCGCUGCCGCCAUUCAACCUGAUGGAUUACCUGCAGGAGAAGAGGAUUUUGGAUGGAAUCAUGGUUUGGGUGGAGAGGAUUUGCUUCAUAGAUUUGGUUCACCAGACACUCCAAGAUGACCUGGAAGCGCAGAGGGAAACGGCUGCUUGGAUGGUCAAGCGUUUCCCGCACUUGGAGAAUCGACAGCUACACAAGAUCACCUAUGUUGACGCUGUUGCCGUCGCCAAGGGCUUCUUCGCAAACAUUCCCCGCAAGCUCAUGAGGGAAAGUUUGCUGCGAUAUCUCAGCCGCACUCUUAACUACCUCAGUGCAGGUGUUGUGAUGGGCAUUGUCGGUAUCGAUUCCAUAGGAUUGCCCAACUUCUUUUGUGCCGUGGACAAGCAACUGGUCGACGCUUGCGGCGCAGCUAUCGCUUGUCUCGGGCCCGAGAUAGAGGGCACUUCCAACUACAUGAUUGUCCGAGAUGAAACCGCAUUCAGCAAAACAAUGUCUCUUGUAUACGGCCUGGAUGCGCAAAACCCUGGCCAAGCGAUGGUUGUGGGUGGUACAUGGCCAGACUUUGCUAAAGUCCUUCCUGAUGAAGAUGCCAUAUUGACGCCGGAGGUAUUGGCAACCGUCACAUGCUGCACUGCUGUGAAGCGGUUGGACAAGCGCACUGACCUGUUCUUGGUGCAGAUGCUUCCACGAAACCAGAAGAUUGAUGCUGCGUGUGAACUGCGCUCUUUGGGCGAAGUAGUUGAAUCUUGUAUUGAGAGCAAUCACGGAGUUCCUCCGCUGGCGAUGGCCACGGACAAUCACAAGAGCUUUGUGAAGAUCAAUUGUGCCUUAAUGGGUGUCCUCCCAGCAACAGAAUCCUCGGAUAUCUACCUUUGUGGCAAAGACCAGCAAUCAGACAAAGAGGCUUCAGGACUGUUCAACCCCAAGUAUUUGGUGACGCCGUGCCACCUUGACUUGGGGACAAACCUCUAUAUGUUUUGGCAGGCGCUUACCCACGGGUCUUGGGUUGCGUCCAGAGCCUUUUCCAUUGAGGAAAUGACAAUGAACUCUUUGUGUGGCUACUACAUGACACUUCUUUUGGUGAAGCAAGCGCACGAUCUGGGUGGCCACGAAUGGCAGAAUCACCUGGUUGCAAAGGAGACGACGUUGAACGUACUCAGCAUGCAAGUACAUAUGGUGCUACGGAUGCACUCGUUCCCGCAAAGUGAUGCAGUGAUGGAGCCAUGCCUGACAAUGGAAGAUUCAAUUGAGCACUUCUUUGGCAGGGUAAAGACGUGCAAGCGCGAGACUGGGUCAACCACCGUAGCCACAGCUUUGCAAGCGGCGUCCCUCCUGCAUCUCCGGCAGAAGCGAAAGCCAGCACAGGCAGCCGACAUUAUCAAAAAUGAGCUCUUAUCCUGGUGGCGGGAGACUGGGCAGAAGCUGAUCUUGGGCACUUUGGCAGAGGAGAACGGUGAAGAGAGCAGCGACGAGGAAGCCAUUGAUGAUAGCAAGGAAAGCUUGAGUGAAGAAUCAAAAGCAGUGGUUGACAGCCUGGAAGCCACAGAGAAGGGCAUCUUGAUUCAGGAGGAGCUGAGCAUGUUGUGCGAAGAUCCCUCAUUUGUGGGCUGUGACGAGAACUCUGAGAUGAAGGAUGACGAUGAAGACCCUGAAUCAGAGGAGGAGGAGGUAGCACAGAAGGAGAAAAAUACGUUGAACCCUGAUUCGAUCCGUUCAUUAGGACAUGUGCUGGAAGCAGCUCACCUCUCGCAGUUUCAGCCUUCAUCAAAGGAUCACGAGAGCAAGAUGCUUGGGCGCAUCAGGAAGUUGACGCCCUUUUGCCAGAACUUCGUGGCACGAGUCCGAGUUCAUGAGGGAGUUCUCUCGCGUGCUAGUAUCCUGGGACCCAAGCGUAAAGACAACAAGCACAACCUUUAUGAACAUGAGCUAGCCAAGAUGAGGGCUGCGUGGCAAUGUUCCGCCGCAAGGCAGAGCCGCUUCAACCUGUGGUGUGAGUUCUCGAAAAGGGUUCUUGCUGAUAUCGCGGAGGAGUUCGAACCUGCAGGCCCAGCAGGCACUCCGGAAAUGGCGGCGAAGCAAAUAGGAAGUUUGCUGGCUCUUUUGGAGGCCUACGUCUUGCUACACCUGUGUGGUUGGGUUGUCAAGGUCUGUGAAAAUAUUUUUUUGAUGAAGGUGAGAGUGACCUUGAGCGAGCUGGCUUGGGAAUCCUUCAAGCUUGCGGCAAAGAAGGGCACACCGUUUGAGACCAAGGGCUCCGUCACGACCGGCAACGGCCUUUGUUACAUAACGGAGUCAGAGCUCAAGCCAAGCACGCUUGUUGGCCGGAGCAACAUUGUCAAGAUUGUGAAAGGAAUGCUGACGGAUUUCGAGUCCAUUCACCACACCCUCUUGGUGGACGACAAAGUGAAGGUCAAGAUGCCAGAUGGGCUCGAUUUGACUUUGUCUUGGGAAGAAUUGUUGGCACGUGUGCCGACAUACUACAACGCGAAGUUUGCGAAGUACUGUGGCAUUCAUAGUCCGGGCAGUGUGAUCAAGCCGCUUGAACUGAGAGGGGCGCAGCGAGCUGUGUUGCGAUUGUGCCGCGGUGACGGCAAGUGGUUCUGCAACAAUCGCUUGCCGGGCCUACCGAGUUGCAUUAUCCUGCAUUUGGUGAGAGCCAAGCAGAAAGAGGUCUCAUUGCAUCCGGAGAGUCCACUCGGAGAGAUCGUUUUAGAGUGCUACAACUGUGGCCAGCGGAACGUCUUCUUGCUCGGCUUCAUCGCGGCCAAGAGCGACUCCGUCGUCGUCCUGCUUUGCCGCGUAUGCCUCUCAAACAACGCCCUCAAGGACUCCAACUGGGAUUUGGGUCAGUGGCAGCCCUUGAUCGAGGAGCGGUGCGAACGGCUCUUCCACGUGUGCGACGAUCGUAGCUUCCUGCCAUGGCUGGUGAAGGUGCCAGAUGCCAAGGAGCAGAUGCGCUCCUGGAAUAUCACUGCAGCCCAGGUGAAUAAGCUCGAAGAGAUGUGGAAGAGCAACCCUGAUGCCACCAUCGAAGAUUUGGAUGGCAAGUCGGGGCCAGGUAUGGAGGAUGACCCGCAGCCAGUGAUGCUGCGUUAUGAGGAUGCCUACCAAUACCAGCAUGUCUUUGCUCCCUUGGUGAAGAUGGAGGCAGACUACGACAAGAAAGUCAAGGAGUCGCAGUCGCAAGAGAAUGUCGUGGUGCGGUGGGACAUUGGUCUCAACAAGAAGCGGAUCGCCUAUUUUCACUUCACCAAAGAGGAUAGUGAGGCUCGGCUGGUGCCGGGGGAUGAGCUGCGCUUGCGCUUGAACUCCUCGGCCUACGCGAACUUGGCCAACGCCGAUGAGACGGGUUGGAAUGCUGUGGGACAUGUCUCCAAAAUCACCGCGAACGAAGAGGUCGCCUUGGAACUCCGUGGGCCUCAACAGGUGGGUCCAUGGGACAUCAACCACGGCUUCCAAGUGGAGUUCGUUUGGAAGUCGACCUCCUUCGAUCGGAUGCAAGCAGCUAUGCGGACCUUCGCGGUGGAUGAUACCUCUGUGUCCGGAUAUCUGUAUCACAAACUCCUGGGCCACGAUGUGGAGCCUCAGACGAUCCGUGCCAAUGUGCCGAAACACUUCACUGCGCCCAAUCUUCCACAGUUGAACCACUCCCAGGUCUUCGCUGUGCGGAAAGCACUGUCCAACCCCUUAUGCCUCAUCCAGGGGCCUCCAGGAACUGGAAAGACCGUGACCAGUGCCACGAUUGUUUUCCAUCUCACGCGGCAGAACCAGGGUCAGGUCUUGGUUUGUGCUCCCUCCAACAUCGCUGUGGACCAGUUGGCCGAGAAACUCCACAAGACGGGCUUAAAGGCCGAACCGCCGCACCCGACGGAGGCGAAGGAGCGGAAGAAGACAGUGGUGCGCCUCAGUGCCAAGAGCCGCGAAGCGGUUGCCAGCAGUGUGGACUUCUUGACCUUGCACCACCAAGUGCGGCAUUUGGACACGCCCGACCAUCAGGAGCUCCAGAAGUUGCUGGCUUUGAAGGAUGAAUUGGGUGAGCUCUCACAUGCCGAUGAAAAGAAGUUCAAACAGUUGCAGAACUCCACGGAGCGAGAGCUGCUGACGGCCGCGGAUGUGAUUUGCACGACUUGCGUCGGUGCGGGUGACCCUCGCUUGCAGAACUUCCGCUUCAAACAGGUCUUGGUCGAUGAAUCCACGCAGGCCACCGAGCCCGAGUGCCUGAUCCCCAUUAUGAUGGGCGCCAAGCAGAUGGUCUUGGUGGGUGACCACUGUCAGCUGGGCCCCGUGAUCAUGUGCAAGAAGGCUGCCAAGGCCGGCUUGCACCAGAGCCUGUUCGAGCGGCUGAUCUUCUUGGGCAUCCGACCCGUACGCUUGGAGGUUCAAUACCGCAUGCAUCCGUGCCUCUCGGAAUUCCCGUCCCAGUCGUUCUACGAUGGCUCUUUGCAAAACGGCGUCACACUCAACGAGCGCCUUUAUGCCGGCAUCGACUUCCCCUGGCCACGUCCGGACAUGCCGAUGUUCUUCCUGAACUCCACGGGCGCUGAAGAGAUCUCCGCGUCGGGGACCUCCUACCUGAACCGCACGGAGGCGACGAACAUCGAGAAGCUGGUGACCUACUUCUUGAAAUCUGGAGUGAAGCCCUACCAGGUGGGUAUCAUCACGCCCUAUGAGGGCCAGCGAGCGUACAUUUGCUCCGUCCUACAACGCCAGACCUGCUUCAGCCACAAGGCCUAUGAGGAGAUCGAGGUGGCGAGUGUGGACAGCUUUCAGGGACGAGAGAAGGACUUCAUCCUCCUUUCUUGCGUGCGGUCGAACCAGAACCAGGGCAUCGGCUUCUUGAACGAUCCGCGGCGGCUGAACGUGGCGCUGACGCGGGCGAAGUAUGGGCUCAUCAUCUGUGGCAAUGCGAAGGUCUUGGGAAAGCAGUUCCGCUCUCAACCGUCACUCUGGGUGAACCUGUUGAGCCAUUACAAGAAGUACGAGCUGGUGGUGGAGGGCGCGCUGUCGAAUCUGAGACAGUGCCACAUCACCUUCAGCAAGCCCAUGCGGCUCCCCUCGCGGUACUUCGCCAAGGGACCCAUCGGUGCCGAGGCUGGGCGCCCACGGGCGGGUGCAUGGCGGUGA